AUGGCUGAAACACAACCCAUCGACGCUCGGAUUGAGGCAAAGCUCCGCGCCAGCCUCAAGAUUGAGCACUUUGAAAUCGCCGACACGUCUGGCAACUGCGGCUCAUCUUUCGCCGUCGUCAUUGUCGCUCCCGACUUUGCACGCAAGAUGACGCUCGCACGACACAAGAUGGUCAACCAGAUUCUUGCAGACGAGAUCGCCCAACUUCACGCAUUCUCUCAGAAAACCUUUACGCCCGAGCAGUGGGUCAAGGAGCAGAGCAAGUAG